UGUGUGCGUGACAGCGCAGUGCUUCGAAGAGUGGUGAUCCGCAAGAAAGUCGGGAUUGAGUUUUCUUCGGCAUUUUUCAUAGUUUUUCUGACGGAAAAUUCUACCAAAAACCGCUACAGUUGCCGUUUUCACACGCGUUCAGUGUCUGAACAUAACGACGGUUCCGAUUUGGGGUGCAAACAUCCGUGCAGACUCCGGAAAGAACCGAUUUUGCUGUCGAGGACCGCGGCUGCGAAAAAAAAAAAUUAGGAACGGCAUCGCCACAGCCAGGAGGAAAGUGUGGUUGGUUAGUGUGUGCGUGUGUGUGAGUGUUUGGCAAUCCAACAGAUCCCCAUCACACAGGCACAUCUCGCUCGCUCGUUCAGGCAAGAAGGAAGAUCGCUUAUUCGUGUCGUCGCAGAAAGUAGUGUGAAAAACGACGGAGAACAGGCGGCGCAGUCCCGGUUUCGUGAAACAACACAGAAAGGGGAGCAAGUCACAGUCGGCGGAAGAAAAACCUGAAAUUGUUCUACACACGGCAGAACAAUCGUCCGGAUUCGUCUCGAUUCGCUUUUCCAAUCAACCGAAAAGGCUGAAAAUCAACUGUUGGUAGUUCUUGGGAAAUGGUAAUGGAAGCACAACCUUCACCGCAAAGCGUUGGCCGCGAGUUCGUGCGCCAAUAUUACACCCUGUUGAACAAGGCGCCGGAUCACCUGCACCGUUUCUACAACAACUCGUCGAGCUUCGUCCAUGGCGGUUUGGACACGAAAAACCAAGAAGCCACGCUGGUGAUCGGCCAGAAGCAGAUCCAUAACAAGAUCCAGCAGUUGAACUUUCGCGAUUGUCAUGCCAAGAUCAGCCAGGUGGAUUCGCAGGCUACCCUCGGCAACGGCGUGGUUGUCCAGGUGACCGGCGAGCUGUCCAACGAUGGUCAACCGAUGCGCCGCUUCACGCAAACCUUCGUGCUGGCCGCCCAAUCGCCGAAGAAGUAUUACGUCCAUAAUGAUAUCUUCCGCUAUCAGGACAUUUACUCCGACGACGAGCUUGAUGAGAACGAACGGUCUGGAGAGGAGGACGGUGGCGAGGUUGACGCCAACAAUGCCGUCGUUGUUGAUCAGCAGCAGUCGGUGCAGGGGAACGCUGUUGCUUCUGCUGGUGGCGUAGCUCCGGGUCUGGGGCAGACCCAGCAGCAGCCGCAACAACCUCAGCAGCAGCAACAGCAGCUGUACUAUCCCCCGGGAGUUAUGAGUGCUGCUCCGACCGGAAUCAUCCCGAGCUACGGUCAACCGCAGCCGGCUCAACAAUCGCAACAACCCCAGCAAACGCAGCAACCGCAGCAACAACAACUGAAUGGAGUUCAUGACGAUCUGCUGAAAACCGUGCCGACUCAGACUACUUCCCAGCUGAUGCAAUCUUCGGUUGCUCCGCAAAAUCCGACCGCUGUCAUGCAACAGGUUCCAAGUGUCGCUACCGGUAUGCCAACCGUUGAUCCGAUCCAGCAUCUGACCCAGCAACAACAAGUGGUCCAACCUCAACAAUCAGCCCCUCAACAAACUCUGCAGCAGCCCCAACAAAUGCAACAACCCUCCACCAUUCCGCAGCAGACUGUUUCCCAGCAACCUCAGCCAACCCCAAUCGCCGAACCGGAACCGAUUCCAAGCUCUCUGUCAAUGAACGAACUGGACUCUGCUCUGCCCUCGAUGAACGACCCAACCCCGGCGGAAGCUAGCGAUUCCCAUGACCACCACCACCAUCAUCACCACCAUGGCCAGUCGGACCAUCUGAACGAACAACCGCAGUCCCUGUCGCAGCAGCAACCGUUGUCCAACGAACCGAAGACGUACGCCAAUUUGGUGAAAUCCGGCGGUGUUGGCAGUGGUCCCGGACCGUUGAGCUUCGCUUCCGUUUCAUCCCAUCACCACCAGCAGCAGCAGUCUCAUCACCAGUCGCAGGGCUACAGCAACGUGACAGCCGGACGGCCAUCUGUGAUGUCCCCGCCGCCGUCGUCCUCGCUGCAAAGCUCCAGUUCCAACAAUGGUGGCCCCACCAAUACCGUAUCUUCUACCGGUGGUGGACUGGGUGGCAAGUACGAUCGCGGCCAGCAGCAACAGUCAUCACAGCAGCAGCAACAGCAGGACCAGAGCGGCGUCGGCGGCGGCAUGGGUCAGGGACCGAUGCCACAGCGGAUGCAGAACCAGCAGCGACCGAUCCGGGGCAAUGGUGGCCCAACCAGUGGUGGUGGACAGAGCUCGCUCAGACCGCAGGAUAGCCGACCCAGCUAUCAGAGGAGCUACAACAGCGAUGGUGAAGACCGUCGUCAGCAAAGCGGCUCCCAGUUCGGAGACAACCACCAGCUUUUCUUGGGCAACAUUCCGCACCAUGCCACCGAAGAGGAGCUGUCGGUGCUGUUCUCCAAGUACGGCACCGUGGUGGAUCUGCGCAUCCACUCGAAGCCAGGAGCAAAAGUUCCGGGAGUGCGUGCCCCUCCGAACUACGGCUUUAUUACCUACGAGGAUCCCUCUUCGGUACAGAGCUGCCUAGCGGAUACGCCUCUGUUCUUCCCGGAUAACUCCCCGGACGGUCAGAAGUUGAAUGUGGAGGAAAAGAAGACCCGGAUGCGCGGUCCCGGUGAGACGGGUGGCCGCAUGGGCGGCAGCAAUCUCGGCGGAAAUGGAAGCGGACCACGAGGCGGCCCUGGUGGCCCGGGAGGUCAACAGCGUGGAGGCCCUGGUGGCCCCCAGGGGAACAUGAACCGGGGCGGUUCGGGACAGCGCGGCCUGGGCGGAGUCGGUGCCGGCGGUGGCGGUAGCGGUCGCGGCGGAUACCAGCGAUCGGAUCGGAGCAGCGUGACCGGAGGCGGUCAGCGAUCUGGAAACGGAAACGUAAGUAGCAACAACUCUUACGGGGGCGGUCCUGGCAGCACCUACGGAGGACGACGUUAGUAGGACAGAGACAGAGACAGCCAUGCGGCUAGAAAUCCAACAUUUAGCAAGCAAACAUAAAAUAUCAUUUUACUAUCGACUCGAAAUCAUAUUUGCCAAUCUCUCUAUCUAUUAUUGAAACAAGAAGAAAACAAAAUGCAUUACACACACACAUACAUACACAUUAAUAACGUAAACAAUCGGCCGUAGCAAGAGGGUUGCUAUGAACGCUGUUUUUCUUUUAUGUUUUUUUGAAUUUUUCGUUUUCUUUUCGCGCGUAGGAUGUGAUAUAGUUCUAUUGAUUAACAAACAAAAGAAAAAAAACAUUAAUAAGUAAAAGGAUACUGCAAAGAAAAGGAAAAACAAACUAUGAAACGAAAUCAUACAACAACAAUGAAUUUGUGUUCCCGCUAUUCACUUUUUUCUAGUCCUAAAAAGAAUAGUAAUCGCGAACAGACGAACAGGUAAUGUUCCCCCUGCCCCACAGUACAGCAAAACGAUGUAACACAAAUGGAAUAAAAGUACGAUUUUCCAAAAUCGAAAAAAAUUAAAACCA